CCCCUACGCGGUGUUCCCCACUACCGGACCAAACAGAGAUACUAGCCAGCGAGCCAUACUACGCUCCCGCCACGGUGACGUCACUCCGAGUAGUGUAGUGCAGUGAGGAGGAGCGAAGUCAGCUCCAUCCGCGUUACAUGGCCCGAGUGAACGAAGUGAGUGCGUUUAAGGCGUACAUAUACAAACGUGCAUCGUAGCGAUCGAGUUUGCCAAUACGAUUUAAUUUCUUCGAUUAAUGCACGUUACGUGACACAAGUUAAUUCGAUCGCGAGAAAGGUAGAGAAGCCGCGACUCGCUUUCACAAAAUAUAUAUAUAUAUAUAUAUAUGUACACAUGUAUGUAUAUUCGACGUAUAAUUCCAUUAACGAGGUAUGAGCGGUGAAAAUUCAGUGAUGUGAUAGGAAGCAACUACGCUAAGUGAAUAAGGAAAGGAGGAAAAAAGGAGAAAGAAAGAAAAAGUAGUGUCGUGCGCGGAAAGGUUACGCGUUGAAAUUUUAACAGGAAGAAAAGGCAACGGUUCUAUCGUCGGUAGAUCGAUUGUUUUUAGUGGGGUUACCGCGAGAGUUUCAGCGUACGUAGCCUCUUUGUUGGUGUACGACGAGAACGAGGCAUAAAAUUACGUAGAUCGACGCGAGUGUGAUUCUGCUCAACAAAUAUGCGUGGGAUGUAUCGCCCGCGCGUUGUGCUCGGUGUGCUUGGUGUGACGUGUGAUUAAUCGCCUUUCUUCAUACGCGAUUCAGUGGUAUACGAUGUGGUGUUCGGCAACGGUCCUGAUCUUUGUAGCCGUUGUCACCAGUGGUGUCCACUAUCGAGGCUCCGUUUCCUCCUCUUCGUCGUCGUCGUCGUCGGCGUGCGUCGCGACGCAAAAAUUUUAUCGCGAGAGCUCCGUAGCCACCCUCUUCUAUCGGCCGAUCGUUCCACGGCGCUGCCCUGACGACAGCACUCGUCCUGCCUGGGGUCACUACCUUCCGGCUAGUGACUAGUGAUAAUCUGUUUGUUGCCAGUGAUUAAAUUGAGAGUGCCGAAGUGGGAGGAAGCUCCUUCCUUCGUCGUGGAAUACACGUAACGGUUCCUUCGUCUUGUCGCGUGUGCGUCGCGAGCUACACGAGUUUCUCGUAAAUCGAAUUGGAAAUCAAUUGUAUCGUUCGGAGUACCACACGGAUCAUUGAUUUCUCGCGAAUACGAGGAAAAUUUAGAGUAAAUAGGGAGUAAGGAGAGAAAAAGAGGGUUUUUUUCUCAGCCGACCCGCUGGCGGUAUUGAAUAUCGGUGGUGUGGUGAGAGUGCCGUGAUUAGCGUCGGGCGAAGUUGUGUGUCGUUGUACAGUGCCGCCAAACGAUACCACAACAUCCGAUCCCAAAUGAAGAGUUCGGAGCAAAAUGGUUAGAGAGACACGUCACCUGUGGGUUGGAAAUCUGCCGGAAAACAUCCGAGAGGAUCGCAUACGAGAGCAUUUCAAACGGUAUGGACGCGUGCAGAGCGUCAAGCUGCUGCCGCGGGGCGAAGAAUGCCCCGUGGAUGGAGGUUCCGGUGGUUCCCUCGGAGAAGGCAACGAGGGUGGUUCCGGUUCCAGUUCUGGGAACGGUAGCAGUGGCGGGGGUAGCGGUUCCUCGAACAGCACCGGGGGUGCUUCCGCGACGGUGGCGUUCAUGGAUAUCAAGUCCGCAGCGAAGGCCCACGCGACUGAGCAUACCUUGGACGAACGAGCCCUUACCACACAGUACUACGAACCACAGCAUCUUCAGCACAGGUUUCCCUCGCACGGAAGUUCGGAGGAUCACGGAUCCGGCGUCGUUAGCGGGGGAGGAGUCAGCGGUGUCGGAGGAGUCGGCGUCGUCGGUUCCGGGAUCGUCGUCGGCAGCGUCGGUAGCGGAGUCAGCGGUGGCGGCGGCAGCAGCGUCGCUGGCGGCGGCGGAGGCGCAGGCGGCGGAGUCAGCGCCGUCGGGAAGAGGGACAGGGAGAGGGAGAGGGACAGAGACCGAGACAGGGAUCGGGACAGGGACCGUGACAGAGACAGGGAGAGAGAGAGGGACCGGGAGAGGGAGAGGGAUCGCGAGAGGGAGCGGGAAAGAGACCGCGACAGAGAACGAGCCAGCGAGGGCUUCGAGUCACGUGGCUCGCACGGAAGUUUCUACAGCAGCGAGAGAAGCGGCCGAGGGGUCGGUUCUGGGGGCGGUGUUGGCGUUGUCGGUGGCGUCGGCGGCGGCGGCGGCGUCGUCGUUGUUGGCGGCCAUCCGGCUGAUCCUUCUCCCGGUGAUCCUGGCGGCUACAUACCCCGCGGCCGUCCACCUCCUGCCAGCUCUUACCACGUGACAUCGACCAGGGCGAGGGAUCGGCUUUACUCGAGAACCGGCCCGUAUGCCUCCGGGCCGCCGCCCCCGCCCCAUUUAGACCGUCAUCGUGGUGGCCUGCCACCGUCCUCCUGGUCGGCCUACGAGUCGACGACCUCGAGAUACGGGACAGCACCGCCGCCACCCUCGCCUGCCAACAACGACGCCUACCAGGACGAGCAAGAUUACAUUCGUCGUGUUGUUCCACUAGGCGGCGGAGGCGGCGGCGGCAGCAGUAGCAGCGGCGUGCUACGACAGCACAAAAAGCAACGGAGAAAAUCGCGAAGCGGAAGCAGCUCGCCGAGUGGCAGUAGCCGUUCCUGCAGCAGCAGCAGCAGCCGGAGCGGCAGCUCCGCCGGCAGCACUUCCGGGGGCAGCACGUCGCCCGGCAGUUCGCCGCACCGCACCGGAAAUGCCGCCGUCACCGAGGACCGCAGGCCGCUGGCUAUCUGCGUACGUAAUUUGCCGGCGCGCAGCAGCGAUACCUCCCUCAAGGAUGGCCUCUUUCACGAAUACAAGAAACACGGGAAAGUGACGUGGGUGAAGGUCGUGGGGGCGGCCGGCGACCGUUACGCGCUGGUCUGCUUCAAGAAGCCCGAGGACGUGGAGAAGGCGCUCGAGGUGUCGCACGACAAAUUAUUUUUCGGCUGUAAGAUCGAGGUGGCGCCCUAUCAGGGUUACGAUGUCGAGGACAACGAGUUCCGACCCUACGAGGCCGAGCUCGACGAGUACCAUCCGAAAGCUACGCGCACGCUCUUCAUCGGGAAUCUCGAGAAGGACGUCACCGCGUCCGAGCUUAGGAAGCAUUUCGAGCCCUUCGGCGAGAUAAUAGAAAUAGAUAUUAAGAAACAGGGCGCGGUGUCAAGCUAUGCUUUCUGCCAAUACUCUGACAUCGGUAGCGUCGUCAAAGCUAUGCGAUCGAUGGACGGCGAACACCUGGGUGCAAAUCGUAUAAAACUUGGAUUUGGAAAGUCGAUGCCCACGUCCUGUGUUUGGGUCGAUGGCAUUGGAGAUUGUAUGUCGGAAAAGUACCUGAACAUGCAGUUCAAUCAGUUUGGACCGAUAUCUCAGGUCGUAGUGGAUCGUGAGCGUGGGCACGCUCUGGUCUUCUUCGAGCAAAUCAGUUGCGCGCAGGCCGCCGUGAAGGAGAUGAGAGGAGCAGCGCUUCGCGGACGCCGGCUCCAGGUGGACUUCGCUUCCAGAGAGUGUCAGGAAACGUUUUACGAGCACCUCGAGCGGCAGGGCAUCGCUGGUGAAAAACCUUGGGACACGAGGCCUUCCCCAGCGACGACCUUCGAUGUCUCGCGGGAGCGUAGUAGUUUCGACACCGGGAUGACGGUAUCAAACUCGAGUAGCAGGUUCACCCGCUACGAGACGCCCCCGAGGUCGAGAACGGCGAGUUACUCCCGCACGUCUGGGGGCGGCAGCACGCCUGGUGCCAGUCCCGCGCAUCCCACCGCGAUGUCCCGUAGCAGUAGGAGGUCCUACCAGGACACCUAUUACGACGGCGACUACAGCGAACCGGCGCCCCGUCGGUUCCGCAGCUACGACGAGUUCAGUCAGGGCAGCGGGGCCAGCCACGACGACUACCAGAGCAGCGUGCUGGGCGACGGUAAGCUCAACGACGACGACUGCCCGCCGCCGUCGCGUCGCCACGCCGUACAGAGCGUGGUGACCAGCGUCGAGCCGCCAGCGCCGCCACCGCCAUUGUUACCGCCGCCGGACAUCAGACACCUUCAAAAGGAACGGGUGCACCUGUUGGAGCAGCUCGAAGAGUGCCACAGCAGCGGCGACGAGGUGGGAUUCGCCCCGAAGAAGCGCGCGAAACUCGACGGAGCAUCCACCACGAUCCUGUGCGAGGACGACGAGCCUGAAAUCGCGUCCUUGCUCGUCACCUCGCACUCCAGUAGAAAAGGCAUGGACAUACGGCGCGUCAGCGACAGCAAAGUCGUGGUGCAUCAUGGGACGAGGAGGGGUAGCUGCGAAGGCAGAGGUCCUGGACCUUGCAAGCGCAGACGCGACGUUACUAGCAGGCAUCACGAGCACCACGAUGGAUCGCGACCAGGAACACCAUUGGUCGACGAGAGGCCCGAGAACUUGGUGCCCAGUGAGCCGCGGCGGUUUCGCGAACGGAGUCACGAGGGGCCUCUGUCGUUGCCGUUGCCGAGGUUCGCCGCCCAGAUGCUGAACAACAACAACAAUAACAACAACAAUACCAGCAGCAGCAACAACAACAGCAGCGGUAGCAACCGAUCGAGCAACGUCAGUCUGGCGAAAGUGGCCAGCCCGCCGUGCGCGAACCUGUCGACGGUGCCCAGUCCGCGGACAGCGCCUCAACCGCCUGCCUCGCCGCCGCCUCGUCAUCUCAGCCCGAGUCCAACGAGCUCAGACAGCGAGACGGCGCCGCAGUCGCCCAGCCUCGAGGAGAGGAUACGGUCUCUCGACGAGAAGUACGAGAAAUGGUCCGGUUCGAGGGCGCUGAGCGCGGCUGGCGGCGACGCGCUGGCCAAGCUCGACGCCACCGCGUCCGAGCGUUUCAGGUUUCGUCACAAGCUGCUCGAUCUGGACCUGCACGAGGUGCAACCGUCCGACAUCGUCAAGUCGGUUCUUGCCAAACGGAGUGUGUUCGACGAAGACUCUAAGCGUUUAGAGAACUUUAGUGAAAAGUACGAACCGAGAGAGUUCACGGGCGUUCUGAACGUCGGUUCGAUGAUCGGCAGUACGAGCGGCCUCGCGUCCAGCGGUGGCUGCACCAGCAAGGUCUGCCUGCAGUAUCCGUUUCCUAGUCAUCCGCCGGUGCAGCUGACCGGCGGCGGUUCCGCGCAGAUCGGCAUGACCGCGUCCCUGUCCUCGUUAACGUUCACGACCACCAUGUCCUCCGCGCUGAAAACGGAUCCGCGGACAACGGUGCAGCACAACUGCGUACACCCGACACCGGCGACACCCAUCACACCCGGCACAUCAAUCAAAACCGUUAGUCCGGAAUUGCCACCGGUUUCGCUGCCGAUCGGUCUCGGUAGCGGGACGGCAGCCAGUAGCGGCAACAGUAGUGGUUUAACGUCAGCUAGUAGUAUUCUUAGCAGCAACGGUAGCGUAAAUAGUAUUCACGUUUUGGGAGCAUCGACGAGUCGAGGACUGACCACCGCCGCUACGUCGACGCCCGUCGCGACCACCGCGUCCACCGUCGCGUUCCCGACACCCACACCGAUCACGACGACCUCGGUCACCGCGACGGCGGCGACGACGACGACGACAACAUCGACGACGCCUGCGACAACGAUCGCGUCCAGCACGGUGUCCUCGUCCAGCAGUCAGUACCAACCUUCCAUGUCCAGUGCCGCGUCCACGGUGCCACCGUCUUCCACGACGUCUUCGUCGAACUCUUCCUGCUCGUCGUCGUCGUCUUCGUCCGUGGACAGCUCUCGGUCUCGCUUGAGGAAGGAAAUCGGCGGCAGUCGGGAGAGCAGAGACUCCCGCGACAGCAAGGACGGCAGGGACUCCAAGUACAGCAAGAGCAAGGACUGCCAGAGGAAGUCGCGGAAAGAGGACGCGGAUGUCGAGAGGAGCCGUAAGGAUCGGGACGAGAAGGACUCGUUGGUGAACGAUGUCGUCGAAUCGGACGGUCACGCGAGGGAGUUCAAGGAGAACAAGGAGGUGCGUUACGAGAGGAAGGAAAGGGAGGAGAAGGAGAAAGAGAGACGGGAGAAGGACGAUCGCGAGAGGCAGGAGAGGAGGGAGAAGGAGGAUCGCGACAGGCAGGAGCGCAAGGAACGCGAGGAGAGGCGAGAGAAGGACGAGGAGAGGCGGGAGCGCGAAAGGUUGGAUAAAGAGCGACACGAGAAGGACAAACGCGAGAGGGAGGAGAGAGAGCGAGAACGAAAGGAACGGGAGGAGAGCGAAGCUAAGGAGAAAGAGAGACGGGAGAAGGAACGAUUGGAACGUGAGAAACGAGAGAGGGAGGAGAAGGAACGUCAGGAGCGCAGGGAACGGGAAGAGCGGGAAAGGAGGGAGCGCGAAGAUCGGGACAGGAAAGAACGGGAGCUUCGGCUGGAGCGAGAAAAGCAAGAAAAGGAACGCGUCAGGAAGGAGAGGGAGGAACAAGAGAGGCGGGAGAAGGAGGAACGCGACAGGAGGCGAGAGGAAAAGGAACGUCUCGACAGAGAGAGGAAACGCGAGAGGGAGGAGAAGGAACGACUGGAACGGGAACGACGGAAAGAAAAAGAGGAACGGGAACGGGCGGAGAAAGAGAAGCGUGAAAAAGAGGAGAGAGAAAGAUUCGAACGCGAGAAGCACGAUCGUGAGAAGAGGAGGGAUCGAGAGGAUCAGGAGAGGCGCGAGAAAGAAAAAUCCGAACGCGACAAGAGGAGGGAUCGAGAGGACAAGGAGAAAGAUAAGAGGGACCGUGACGAGAGCAGACGACAGCCCACCGAGAAUCAUCUUCAUCAGUCCGUCUCUCAGUCUCAGAAUCAGAUCUCACCCGCGCCCGUGUCCAUCAAGCGGCGAUGUUCGUCGCAAGAUGGACCAACGGAGGACGAGGCGAAACGGAUGAAGAUCUCCGAACACUGGAGGGACAGGCCUAGGCAGAACAGAAGGUCGGAGGAUCGCAAGCAUCGCAACGACUCUCAUCGUUCGAGUCGCGACAGCAGAGAGAGUCGAGACAGCAAGGAGAGCAGCAGCGGAUCCACGCAAGCCCAAGACAGCAGGGAGACCAGCCACGGGGAGCUCAACAGGGAAUCCAACAGAGAAAGCAGAGAGAACAAUCGCGACAGUGGUAAAGAGAAACAGCGAAGCAAGAAGAAUCGAUCGGAGAAAGAGUCCAGGGAACGAAGUCCCAGGGUCUCCCACGAGUCCGAUAAAGAAUUCUUGUCCAGGCUAGAGCUCUCCAAGCGCAACGAUUCCAACUCGCCCAGCGAGCAGACGUCGGUAGGUUCCAAUCACUCUCGAGAGAUACAGCAGCAUCAUCAGCAACAGUCUUCCAUGAACCUGCACAGCGACGUCGACGAUCCUUUGUCCACCCACGACAUGGAGGUCACCAGGCAUCCGUUGGCCACGGACACCGACAGCGACGAGCCGAAGAAACACUCCAUCUUCGACAUCGUGGACGACGAGCCUGCUUACAUCAGCAUGUACGACAAGGUGAAGGCGCGCUCGACGAAGAACAUGCAGAAGCUCGAGGAGGAGAAGCGUCAGGUGCGUCUGAAGGACAAGUUCUCGCAGCUGAAGCAGAGUCGAGCGAGACGAGAGGAGAAGAAACAGAGCACGUCCUGGGAUGGGGACUCGGUGUCCAGCAAGGCUCUGACGGAGGACGAGGCGACGUCCGAGUCCGACUCCGCCAGAGCGAAGUCACUUUCCAGGAAGGGCUCGCGAUCUCGAAUUCAUUCCGACACCAGCGAGGAGGACGAGUCGUUCAACAACAAGAUUCGCAAGGUGAAGACCGAGAGGUUCCUGGAGAGCGACGUGGACCUCGGUUUCGCCGACACCGAGGAGAAGCACAACCCUCUGGAGGCCUCGACCGUGGUGGUGAGUCAUGCGACAGUGAAGGAGGAACCGCGUACGUCCGACGACGACGAGAGGAUCUCCGUCGCCUUCCGCGGAAACCAUCCCACCAUUGUGGUGAACAACCACGAGAGGGACUCGCGCAAGAAGUCGCAUAAAAAGAAGCAGAAACGACAGAAGAACUCCAUAUCGACGGAGGACAGUUUGAAGAACGAGUCGUCGGAGAGCAUCGAGCACAAGAACAAGUCCAAUAUCGUGACAGGGAACACGGAGUGUCGACCGAAUCACACGUCAGAGCCGGCUGCUAUCACCACCCCCACCACACCGGGAACGACGGUUUUGGAGAACACCAACGAGGAGAGAAUACGGUCGGAGAAGAAGCAACGGAACAAGAAGGACAAAAGGAGAGAUCGAAACGGCGACGAGAAGACGAAAGCAAGGAGAAAGAGGCUCAACAGACAGGAAGUUAGAGACUCGCAGCGAAUGGAGGACAUUUUCGGGCCGCUUUCGGACGACGUCGACGACGGUCCAUCCAACACCUUCUUCAAUCACCUGGGCAACAUGGCGCCCGAGAACAACGCGUACGCUACCGACAGCGACGGUGGCCACAGUCCCGUGUUGGACGUGGAAAGAGUCAGACGAAAAACAGAGAAGAAACGGCGCCAUCAACCCGAGGACGAGAACAGCGUCGACCUGGCUGAGGCGGGACGAGAGAUCGAGGCGAAGCUCCUGGGGCUACCAAACUCCCCUAAGUCUGGUAUAGUGUGUACAGAGAACAACGACCACGACGUGUUUCGAUUUACCGAUGACAAUGACAGCGUCGAGCCGUCCACGCCGUCCACGGUAACGGAGAAGGUCAAAGAGAAGAAGAAGAAGCGGAAGAAGUCGAAAGAGGAGCGCAGUCGGAAGGAUUACCAUCAUCAUCACCACCACCACCAUCACCAUCACGAGAAGAGCGGCGAGUUGCCCUAUUUGGGCGCGGAUCCCAGUCCACCCAGAGCCAGUAGUCCUUUGAUCACGAAAACGAUGUCGCCCACCUUGCCAUCGCCUAGAGACACCUUGUUGAGUCCUAUCCCAAAAGUUACGUCCAGCGUGACGACGGUACCGUCGAUGUCCCCUCCGGUCGCCAGCGGCGGCAUUCAGUCCUCGAAACCAGAGAAGAAAAAGGAAAAGUUCAUACCUGGAUUUGGCAUAGAGAUUGACGAAACCAUUCACGAGAACGCGGUGAAGAGUAUCUCUGAGCCGGAGGAACGCGAGGGAAGUUGCCAGUCGCGCAGUGGCAGAGAGGAGACCGACGUCGCGACGCCGACGACGCCUCCAGCACAGGCGGAAGACAAGCCACGAGUCGCCAUUUCUCAGGAAGAGACGGAAGAUGCUGUCGCCGCGUUGCUGGAGGAGACCUUCGGCGGAUCUACGGAGGAUUUCUCCUACGAGGGUGAGGAGGAGGACGCCGAGGUGGACGACACGGUGGGACAGCAGCCGGAGGCGCCUCAGGAGGACGUCGAGGAGAUGCAGCAAGCGGUCGAGAGCUUGAACGCCUCCGCAGGGGAGGGCGAGACAGAUUUGAAACCAGACACACCUCAAAGCGAACACGAUCUGCAGAUAGACACGGACACGGAGGAGGACCCCAACUACGAGACGUUCGACCUGACGCAGCCGCCGAAAACGCCAGACAUUCCAUCGUUCUACAAGUCACCUACGAAGACCAUCAGCACCGUCGCUGCUGCAGCUCCUCCAUCCAUAGCUGUAGCAGAGAAACCGGUCGAAACGCGAAUCGCUGUACCAGCGAAGUCUCAGAGUCCACCGGCGUCCGUUAUUGCACAUUCUUGGAACCUGAACGAGAAGCCUCGUGAGGUGGUCAAGACUGUACAACAGCUAGAGACCACGGACACGACCAUCAGCCGCGCCAGUCCAGAGAGAAUAACCACUCAACAGGCGCAUCGUGUCUCGACGUCUCCGCCGCCGCAGUACAAGCAGCCAGCUCUGGGGCCGUGCAGCGUCCCCAUCACCAGCGAGACGCCCAGGAUCGCAGCUGCCAGCCCCAGACCACCCAUCACCGUGCAGCCAUUGUACCAGAAGCUGCCCGUGUCGCCACAGUCUCAAAUGGUCCCGAUGCGUCAGGCUUCACCCAGGAUGCAGAACAUAUCCACGGUGUCCUCCUCGGCUGCCUCGAACCUAACACCUCUGCCACCGCUAGUUCCAUCGAGGAUACCGCCUUUGGUACCCUCGCAGCUGUCGCCUAGAGUCUCGCAGCCUCUGUCGCCCAACGGACAGUGGUCGAGGAACCCGUCGUUGAGUCCUCACGUGCCCAACGUUGGCAAACCAUCACCUCCGCCGGCGAGAAUCGCCGUAAGCACCACAGUGUCCUCUCACAGGCCGGAAACGCCUUCGCAGCAGAUCUAUUCCACCGCGGCUACCCAGCAGCCGGUGAUUCAACACGCUCCAGGGAUGAGAGCUCUAGCGCCCAGUUAUCCUAGGGGCGGCCUACCACCGUUAACGUUGAAUAUUCCGCACCGUCCUUACAUGCCAGUGAAGAGCUCCAGGGACUCGGCCCUGGGCGGCAAAUCCGUGAUAGAAACGUUGCUACCAGUCAACCCUAACGAACCUCCACAACGCCUGGAAGAGCCGAAAUUGUCACCUGCCGUGAUCCCCGAACCCACGAACAAAGCGUCCACGUCGCCCAAAGUACCAUCGCCCAACCAACCGCCCACGUAUAUUCCUGAAACAGCCAAGAUCGAGAUUAACGCCAGCACCUCCAGCCCUGUGUUCGGGAAACCAACCACCAUCGCUGACACCUGCACGCUCACAUCCAGAUCUCAGAAACAGAUGCCUGGUUCCAUCACGACGGAUAACAAUUUAUUGUCACCCAGACAGAAACAAGAACUGUCGAGUCUUCAACUUCUCACGACGCACGUACCGCGCUCUUCGACACCGAGUCCUGUGAUAGUGGCGCAUGGACAACCUCAUCUGGUUCAUAAAUCCGUGGUGCACAGUAUCGGAGCAUCGACGGUCGCUACGACCAACCAACCGCUGAUCAAGACUGUCGUGCCGAUAGUGCCGCAACAGAUCGCUCCCACUGUCCCUGUAUCGGUGCCUGAAGAGAAAUGCAUCAUCUCGCAAACGUUGCCUUUGAGUACGGCUCAGAGGCACUCGCCUGUCUCGCAGGGCAAUCAAAUUCCCAAACCUCAUAUUCCUCUUGUAUCCACCGUUUCUCAAGCCAUCAUAACCAGAGCACCGUCUGUCGUCUCAACCAUACCGACGCCAGUGGUCACCGAGCAGACUAAGAUCGAAUGUUUGGAGCCUCCCGAACAAGAACUGGAAGUGGAUCCCAACGCUCAGAUGACGCAAACCGCUCAACCCAUGCAGCUCACUCCGCCCAUACAGCCUACGCAGCCGAUGGACAUCGUGAAAGACGAGCCUGUCGAGGUGAAACACGAGGAGACGCCGAUCAAGGAGGAGUUCCCGAGCACCGAGUCCGAGUUCCCGCUGAAACAAUCGUGCGCGAACGAAACGAAACCGAAGAUAGAGCAACCGGACCCGGUCAAAGUCGAGAAACCGUCUUGCAUACCGAAAGUAGAGGUCACUGAGACCAUCGUCCCGAAGGUGGAGAUCGAGACUGUCAAGUCUGAGCCGGUCAGCGAGAUCAAAGAGGAGGAGAUCACGAAAGAGAACGAGGAGCCGGAAAUAGAAGAGGAACCUGCGGAAGAUCCGUUGAAAGAACCAAGCACGGACCCAUUGGCCAUCGACGUGUCCAAAGAGGAUCCAGCCGACAGCAAGGAGGACAGCGAUUACUGGUCAGCGAAGGAGGUGAACAUCGAAAGUGUUAUAAAGAAGGUGGACGCCCUAUGCGAUGGCGAGGGCAACGACGGUGACGAGGAGACCCAGCACGGUCCGAACUUGAGCAACGAAACGCAAGAACAGCCGAAGAACGAGCCCGAAUGGUUCGGUACGGAACCAACGGAGAACGAGACCAAGAAGAACUUUUCGACGAACGACGAACAAGACGAGGGCGUGGAGACGUGCGAGAGCGAGUCGACGAGGAGUCGUCGCAGCAGAACGAAAAACAGACGAGGAGUGAGCAGUCGCGGUGGUGUCACCACGAGACGAAGCGUCAGGAACACGACGACCUUUCCUCAUAAACGCGGUAGCAAGACUUCUAGGGGUAGCAAACAUCACGUAGAGAAGAACAAGCUUCCGGCGGACGUCUACGAGUUCCACGACGACAGCGAGGAGGACAACGCUGGACGUCCGCGACUGAUUCUCACGAUCAAGUCUCCGGUACCGAGUCUGGUCGGUUCCAACGCGCAGCCAGCAACACCUAUAGCCGCUGUAAAAGAAGUCCCGCCGGAAGAGUUCGUUUCUCCAGCCGCGAACACGAGGAAGUCCAAGAGAUUGGCUGAAAGGGAUGGAAGCCGAAACACCAUCGACGACGUCAUCGAGGAUGUCGUGCGUGGAUCGGCUGCGAACAAGGGUUUGGCGGGUGGAACUACUGGUGUUCACGCUACCAGGCGCAGCACUAGGCACAACAACGCCCCGCGCAGCGUGCAAUCUACGGUGCAACUGACGGAACCUCGAAAGUCGACCAGAGGUGGACGCAAAUCGAUAAGGCGAGCGUCGGAGAACAACGACGAUAGCAGCGAGGAGAAGGUCAAGGAAGUACCACCACCGCCUCCGGAACCACCAAUCAAAGAGGAAGUUGCUCCAGUCCGGGAUGAACCACCGAAAGCGGAGGAGACGAGUCAACCUAAUCCACCGCCCACGCAGAAGCCACUUUCUCACGAACCGAUGACGCUGAUAGACCCAGUGACUGGAAUGCUGAUACCAAUGAGAGAGUCGGAAGAAGGCCAAUACAUUCCAGUAUCCACGGCUGCAGGUCAAAUACAAGCUGCGAGCAGAGCUGCUGGAAUGAUCACUGCUAAUGCAACCGCCGAAGCUUUGCGACCAAAACCACCUCAAAUCGAGAACUUAACGAAACCUGAAGAAUCGAAGAAGGAACAGACUGUGGAACCAGUUCAGACGCAACAAGUUCAGAUCCAACCUCAGACCAGCGUAAUCACGAAACCACAAUCCCCAGCCGUUCAGGUCACUUCUACGGCCAGUAUAGUUCAGACGGUCACGACAUCCACAACAGUCGCCUGCAUACCUGCAACAACAGUGGCAACGACAAUAACAGCACCGCCUAUAUGCACGACGCAGCCAAAGCCUACGAGUCUGAAAGCACAUGUUCUGAACGCCAGCAAACUGGUAACACCGCCCGUGCAACAGCAAAUCGUUAUUACCAAACCUACGGUUCCCAGCGUGCCUAGUCAAUCGGUGGUACAGAACAUCGUUAAACCGACGCAGGCGGUCCAAGGACUUCAUCUACAGAUACCUAGCGGCAGAGUCGUUUCUCCCAGCCUGAGUCCACGCACGAAGCAGGCUCCUCAGAUCAGUGCAGCGAAUGGAAAGAGUCAGGGUCAACCCAUGUCACCGGUUCUCAACAACACUGGAGUGCCACCAAAUCCUAAACAACAUCUAUUGCAAGCCGCCAAACAACAAGCUUCCACGAUAGUGAAUCUACCUCAAAAGCUACCGAUGAACGUUCACCCAGCCAGCGUGACAACAGCUCCAACUCCCAGGAUACAUCAACCUGUCUCGCAACCCACAGCUCUGAAAGGCAUCAAUGGUCAACCGCAUCCUAUGAAUCCGAAGGCCCAUUUGCUGCAAGCAGUAGUGCCACCGAUAGUCGCUGGUGCCGUGGCGAGUCCACCUACGCAACCACAUCUCAUGAACCCGCAACCUGUCGGUGUGAACUGUUCCAGACUUCCAGCACCAAAACCACCGGUAACGGGAACGAUGGAGCCACCGAAAGUAGAAGUAUCUAUGUCUGGUUGCAUUAUGGUGCCAACAGCGAGCCCUCAGUCACGCGGAGUACCACUAUCGAGUUACGAUGGGCCAUUGCAUGGGAGUGCGGGUGCUGCUCCAUCACCAGGGGGCCAGUACGGACUUGUUCCCCCGCAUCGUUCCCAGAGUCCUCCAUUGCCCCCACCUGCCCAUCAUCAUGCUAAUGCUUCUCAGGGAGACGUUGUGAAUCAUUAUGGAGGACUGACGCGAGGCGGAGAACUACCACCGCAUUAUAUGCAUCCGCAAGUGCUCCAGUAUCAGUAUUUACGUGCCCAGCAAGAAGCAUUGACAGCUCCACGCAUAGCGUAUCACAUUCCAGGAACUCGAUCUCCUCACCUACCGUUGGAUCCGAAACUCGAGACUGGUAUAGAAGACAGUCACAGUCCGCCGUUAGAGCUGAGACGAAGCACAAGAACGCCUCAAGAUCGUACCACCGACAGUCCUCAAGUAGCUCAAGUUUACAUGCUGCACGGUGCAGCCAGAUUACCGCCACCGCCGCCUCAGUACAACGCAGGAACGAAUCCGACCUUGACCGGAGCGCCAGCAGCCGCCAGGGGUGGUUUCUACGAACCUCCGCCCGCGCAUUUACGUUCACAAUAUCCAAUCGCUGCCAGCGAGGCGCCAAGCGAUAGAGCCAUCACGCCCGACAGGCCUAGGAAACAUCAAGUCGUCACUCCGCCUCAUGCCUCGCAAGUACCACCGCAAGCUGACACGUUUCAGAUGUUGCUCCAACGUUAUCCGGUCAUGUGGCAAGGGUUGCUGGCGCUUAAGAACGACCAAGCAGCAGUACAAAUGCAUUUCGUGUUCGGUAAUCCAAACGUAGCAAGAGACAGUCUGCCUUGCAACAGCGACGGUUCUACUCCGCCGUUGCGAAUCGCUCAAAGAAUGAGACUGGAACAAACGCAGGUCGAAGGUGUGGCAAGGAAAAUGCAAAUGGAUAAUGAACACUGUAUGCUACUCGCGCUUCCGUGCGGUCGGGACGAGGUGGACGUGUUGCAACAGAGCAAGAACCUUCAGACUGGAUUCAUAAUGUAUUUACAACAAAAACAGGCCGCUGGAAUUGUUAACAUCGCCGCGCCAGGCUCACAACAGCCUGCGUAUGUAGUUCACAUCUUCCCGUCGUGUGACUUCGCGAACGAGAGUUUGGCGCGAAUCGCGCCGGACCUUUUGCACCGGGUCGCGAAGAUCGCCCAUUUGCUCAUCGUCAUUGCCACGGUUUGAGGCCAACCGGUGGUCUACUGGAUUACAAUCUACCUGUGUCUCUCGCCUUCACGCGCUAUAGGACGCUUCGCAUGUGGCAUGAAGCCUGGAGUGUCCCUCUGACGGGGUGCAGAGAGUCGUACAACAAAAGAAGAGAGUACAUUCUCGAACGGAAACGGUUUCCCCCUCUGAAGAAAUAUCAGUGACAAUCAAAUGGAUUCUGGCGAAUUCGUGCCGAUUUAUAAAAUCGUGGGCCUGAAACGAGGUACGGGGUUGUGUGACGACGGGAGGCUAGCGCGGUCGAUGCGUGACCAUCCACCGUGCGUGCCUUUCCUCCAAUGUAUCGCGAAGGCGGGCCCAUUUGAUCGAAAAUGGCUCGCAGUACGCUCAUCACUGACAACUAUUUGUGAGAUCGACCGACGUCACUCUUGGUCUUUCUGACAAGCGGGUCAGGCACAACCCCAGCCCUUAGUGGAAGACCAUCGAUUAAAAACCACGCGAUGUCCUCGAGGAAAAAAAAAAACUCACACUCGUCCCUCCUAGGUAAACAAGUAAACACUACCUACCGUUGCUCUAGAUGGACAGUCGAUUUCGUAAGUAAGAAAUAGAGGAAAAAAAAAAAAACUAACGUACCCCUACCACUAUACACGAGCUAUUUUAAGUAAGGCUUAGAUAUUAAUGAUACUGUGUAAAUUAUAAGCGAGCCAGCGAGGGCAUAACUACUGUGAUUUUAAUUAUUUAACGAUAUAUGUCUGCGUAAAGACGAAGAAAACAAAAAGUAAAAACAGAUAAAUGGUGAUCGAUUACGGUCCGCGCGGUAUGUGAUGUGUUUUUUGUAUAAUACUGCUCUAUAUAAAUACCUAUGUAUUAUAUUACUGUAACAAUAGUUGCUGCUGCCGCUGUUGCUGCCGCCGCUGUUGCUGCUGCCGCUCGUAUCGAACUAGAAAGUAAAGUUACGAUCUAGACCUCUAGUGAAAAGAAAAAAAAAAAAGAAUGAGCGAAAGGACUACCUAAAUAGCGUUUAUCCCUAAUGUAAUAUAAUUUCCAUAGCAGGAUGUAACAUAUUAUUAUCAUUAUUAUCAUCUUAGCACUAUGUACAUUAUAAAAAAAUUUUUAAUAUUCUUAUUUUGAUUAUUAUUAUUAUUAUUAAUUAUAAUUUUAUUAAUAUUACUACGGUCAUCAUCAUCAUUAGUGCGGCUACUAUUAUUAUUAUUAUCAUUAUUAUUAUUAAUAAUAUUAUUAUUAUUAUUACUAUCACUACUGCUACUACUACUAUACUACUAUACUAUUAUCAUCACUACUACUACUAUUAUUAUUACCACUACUCUACUACUACUAUUAUCGCUGCUAUCAAUUAUUAUUAACGUUAUUACACCAGGCUAGUUAGAACGUACCAACCCGCACAUUUGAAAGAAGGGGCUUAAAGUAUGUCGUACUGGAAACAGAUACAGUAUGACCGAUCUCAUUGACCAUUGACGUCGCCCCGUUCUACACACUUCCAUCCCCAUUUCUCUUAACCCCUUAUCGCCUUCCGCGCGAUGUGUCAUAGACUCUUUAGCAAUCGUGUCGAAGAUAAUAAUGCGCUUACGUGUAUAGACCAGAAAAUUACACUAUAUCACACGGAGCCGUGAGAAAACAUAUUAAGUAAUAUAAAGAAACUUACCUAUUUACGAUAUUAUUGCUGCUGCGUGUAGGGCGCAUGCCUCUAGAGAAUAACCUUAUGUAAAAGUAUUAGGGAUGGUCAAAACAUAUUUUAUUCCUUAAUACCGUGUUCAAUCGGUUCCAAAUGAAAUUCGUUCUUUCCGAGUCGACGAAAGAGGACUUGUACAUUUUCCUUCGUUGUUAAUCGUUGUUAAGGCUAUCGUCGUGAUUAAUGGUCAUUUUUUGUUUUUCAUUUUUCCCCCGUUACCGUUUAACUAAUGUUGAAACGAGUACGAUGCACGACUACAUUCCGUUUGACGAACGGGGUGUUCAUAAUGUAUUUACACCGAUAUAGAGUCGACGACACGUUAAUGCUUUUAAUUUCCCUCGAUUUUUUUUCUAAUUGACACUUUGAUUUCCUCGGCGUGCGAGCAAUGCGUAGCGUGACGCGCAUUGUCCGAACCAUACUUCUGUUCUGACGACCCCUAAGAAAACACGAUUAAUUUAAGGCAGCGCUGAUACUCGUGGAGAGCGUGUGCAUGUACAGUGUAAAAGAUGCGUUGUGCAUAUGUACAGUGUAGAAGUAUAAGUGAACGAGCGAGAUGAUAAGUAUAAAAAAAAAGUAUAUAUAUUACAGCUACGGAUAAGUAUAAUAGGACGCGAACAAGACGCUCACGUCGCGGUGUUUCGUUCAUUUUCAGAAAACGACUGGUUAAUUCUGUUUCCUCUCUGCCCUUCGUGUUCCCUUUCACCCCCCUUCUCUCUUCUGCUCUUUCUCUUUUUUCG